ACAGAACAGUUGAAAGUGCAGGUUUUGACGUUUACUUUUUACACUAAUAUUUUUAAUGUUUUUUAAGGAAAGUACUCUAUUAGUGUAGAUUUUCCGUGUGUUAUCCCUUCGUUUUAUUAUUUCGAUGGUGUGGACACUGCUGCGAGCGUAAAAAUGUCGCAGCCGCGAAUGCGCAAAGUGGUGGCCAGCGGAGACGCAGCGCCGCGCGCCCGCGCCUCCGUCACCAAGGCCUCGGGAGACUCGGUCGCCUGCGCAGCCCGCCCCCACCCAGAGCAUCUGCGAAGUAGGAGCAAAAAUAAAAUACCCAAAAGCGUGCGCUACGAUUUGGAGAACGCAUUAGUCAGUCUGUGCGACGUGUGGUUCGAGGAGAUCAAGCCGCACCUGGUGCGCAACAACAUAAAGCUUCACGUCCACGGCAGCAGCGCGGGCGGCGACCACGAGCGACCACCGCCCCCCGCCGCCCCCGCCGCGCCCGCAACCCCCGCGCUCCCCGCGCCCGGCUGCCUCCACCUCGACCCAGGUGCUGCCCCCGAUCCUCCUCAGCCGGCGGCUGCGAGCUGUGCCGGCUGCUGUUCAACGCCGCGAACUGCAUCGAGAGCGCGGUCCACCAGGCUGCCCACGCGCAGCCGUCGCCCCCUCUCGCCGCUGCUGUCAGUGCCGCAGACUCCUCGCGAUUGCACACAGCCUCAACCACCCAAUUGUGAAGAGGAGCAAGUGGAGCGGCCACGCACCCGUAGGAAAAAACGCAGACAACAACCACAGCCCCAGUUGAGCUGGCGAGUGCCACGCCUGUGCCGGACCUACAGCGUCCCGUCUCCGGCCGCCACCGGGAGUCGCAUGAGGAGGAUCGCAUCGCAACCGCCGCAGCACCAUAGUGACCACUAUUUCCAAUUCAUUAAACCACGCCGAGAAUCGGUGAUGAAGAAUAAGACAACUCAAACGAACAAGGCCAUGUGGUGUGUAGAUAAGGGCUGCCAGAGUGAACAAUCGUGGAUGCGUUGGCGUAGAAGAAGCCCCGAUUAUUACGGCCGUUCUUCGCGCAGCCCUGGCUCCCGCAGUAUGUCGUGUAGCCCGCGUGUGCGAAGCUUCCACAACCGGAGCCCCGCUUCGCCUGAGCCAGUCCCUCGUCCUGCCGAGACGUCCCCACCGUUGUCUCUGCCGCGAAACAACACCUAUCGCCUCAAGCGACCAGAACCCACUGCCUAUGACACACGUGGCUUAUUCCAAGAUGUAAGAAGCCCCGCUAUAUUUCAACAACCUGCUCACUAUCAGGAGUUAAUAGAUAUUAUAGGAGAAACAAAUGAUAAAAGGCUAAGAUUGUUGUACAGCAGUCCUGAGAAGGAUGAUGAUGAUUAUCCUUCGUAUAUGAACCUGUUCCCACUUCACGCCGACCGACAAGUGAAGCCCGGUGGUCCGAAGAAGAUUCCUUGGAGAUAAGACUACAUAAAUUAAGUUAGCAACUAAUAGUGGCCAAGCUCGCUGAUUAUAUAAUAUUAUAUUUAAACAUUCUUUAACUGUAUUCCUUUAUAUACCUGUAACUUAAUUUCAUAGAAGCGAACGUUUGUUGUUAUUGAUAUUUUAUGUAUUACGUCAUUUAAGCUGUUGGUUAUUGCGUAAUAUUAAUAAAAAUAA